AUGACCUCCACCCUCCCACGGACGCCUCGCCCUCCACCAACGGGCCCUCUUCCCGCUCUUCCUGUCAGCAAGACCCGCCGUUCUUCGAUUGGCAGUCUCGCCAGCGGCAGCGACUCACGACGCACAUCGACGGCCUCACAAAUACCCUCCACCACACCGAAGAAGUCCUCAAUUCCAGGGCGGUCGGUCACACAUUCCGGCGUGCCCACACCGAGGCCGACGAAAUCAAAUUCCACACCCACAGUACCCACAGUGAACAACAGCUAUGCGUCAGACGUGCCAAUCCCUACAAUCGGACAGACCGGGAUCCCCAAAACGGUGCGCAAAGUCACCAGCAUUGGCUCUUUCCCAAUGCCUCCAAAAGGUUCCGUCCGCGUAACGAGUCUCCCGCCGAGUCCGCUCUCUGCAUCGGCGAUAUCACCCACCGAUCCGACUGCGAUGCCGCCUCCAACGUACAACCGGAGGGAUUCCUCAAAACAAAAGAGUGCAGAAGGUGGAACGAAAAAGCCAAAUUCUGGCUUGAACAGUGGAACUCCAAGUCUUCUCAAUGGCACUGGCGACAGCAAUCUCGUCGCUGGUGGUGGUCGUGGGAGAGCAUCGGCGCGUUUGCUCGGCCUGCCCUCUCCGUCACAAAGUCGCAGCUCUUCCACAAAUGGGUCAUGUAUAGACGAAGAGGAAGAGCAUGAAGGCCGAGGUCGAUCGCGGUCUGACAAUACAUCCUCCAUGUCGAAAGGCGAAGCAGAUGGAAAGUCUGGCGCUGGCAAUGUACUCGUCAGCGUGCGCGUGCGUCCUGAUGCGGGUAAUGAUGAUACAGCACCAGAAGGAGAAUGGAUGGUCGACGGCCGGCGAUCACUCAUUUCUUACCGCGGUCGCGAAGGCGGCGACUACCACUACGAUAAUGUGUUUUCUCCUCACGAUCGGAAUGGCCGAGUAUAUGAUAAUGCGGCGAAGCGACUCGUGCGGAGAGUCAUGGAAGGAUAUCACGGCACAGUCUUCGCGUACGGAAUGACGGGCACGGGCAAGACGUUUUCCAUGCAAGGAACGGCCAAUUCUCCCGGAGUGAUUCCUCUGGCCAUCACCGACAUAUUUUCGUAUAUUCGAGAGAAUCCUGCUCGAGAGUUCUUGCUGCGAGUGAGCUAUCUGGAGAUUUACAAUGAGAAGAUUUAUGACUUGCUCAACGCUUCGACACCCGGUGUGCAGCAGGAGGAGAUCAAAUUGAGGGAGGACAGCAAGAGAGGGGUUUAUGCGACACCAUUGAAAGAGGAGAUUGUGCAGUCGCCGAAUCAGCUGUUGAGAGUGAUUGCAAGAGGUGAUCUGGCGAGAAGGACCAGCAGCACACAGUUCAACGCACGCUCGUCACGAUCGCACGCGGUUGUGCAGAUUGUGGUGGAGUCAAGAGCAAGGACACAAGAGGUCGAUGAGAAGAACAGUCGAAAGUCGUCGGUCAUGCCGGGAGGUGUCCUGGUGUCGACGCUUUCGUUGAUCGAUCUGGCGGGGUCGGAGAAGGCUGCUGAUACGAAGGAGAGGAGGACGGAGGGAUCUCACAUCAACAAGUCUCUGCUCACCUUGGGGACUGUCAUUGGACGUCUUUCCGGGGAGGACGAUAAAGACGAGAAAGAUGGUGCCAAAGGGGUCGACAAGGAGAAAGUCCUGAAGCAUCUCCCUUAUCGUGACAGCAAGUUGACGCGAUUGUUGCAACCGGCGCUGUCUGGUAACUCACUGGUGUCCAUUCUGUGUACCAUCCAGCUAUCAGCAGCUGGCAGCAGCGCGGCGCAGGCGAGCACACACACGGGCGAGACACUCAACACGCUCAAAUUCGCCAGUCGAGCGAAAAACAACAUUGUCAGCCAUGCCAAGAAGAACGAGUCCAAUGGCAUGCCAGGAGAUCCAGGUAGCCGAGCACUUCUAGACCGCUACCGAAUCGAGAUUCAGGAGUUGCGAACACAACUGGAGCAGCAAAAUCGCGUCAAGCCGGAAGCUGACAAGCCCGACAACCUCGAAGAGCAGGACCGCCGAAUGGAGGAAGAGCUGGAACGCCAAGAGCGAACGCGACAUGAGGAGCAAAUGCUGGAGAUGCAACUCGCUCGGACCGCCCUGAAAGAGCGAAUUUCCCAUCUGAACCGUCUGAUCUUGUCGUCCAAGUCUUUGGGCGUCAACUCCGGCCGCUUCUCCACAACGAGCAUGCCCUUCGAUCCACGAGCGAGUCAACACAGCAACAUCGAAUAUGGUCGACCAAGUCCCAAUGAACACGCCGUCUCCGCUGGUUCUGUGUUGCUGGGCAACAUUCCAUCUGCCCAACGCUCGCAACUCACGACCGACGAAGCUGGGCCCCAAGACUCUCCCUCAGACCCUGCGACUCCCACUGCUGACGAUGAAGAAGACAUUACGCUUUCCGCCGGCGACAACGACGACGGGUCAGCCUCUCUGGCACAACAGAAUCGCAUGCUGCAAGCCGAUCUCGCAGACAAGAAUCGGUACAUCGCGACGCUGGAGAAGCGGCUUCUGCAAGCCCGUCGCACAAGUCAUUCUCGCGUGAGCAUGGCGUUCGCAGGUCGUACCGGUCUGCCGUCCGCUGAGGAGGAAUCUCAGGGAGGUAACCUGGGCGCCCUGCUCAAGGAAAAGGACCGCGAACUCGACGAGCUGAGGCAAAAGCUCGACGACCAAGUACGAAUGGUUACAGCCCUCCGCAGCGCAGCUCGCAAAAGAGAAAUGCAGGACUCUCAACGAAGCGCCACUGCAACUCCCACCGCGACAGCAACCAGCACCAGCGGCGACGACACCGUGACCGCGCCGCGCGUGUCCUCCUCUCGUUCACGAUCUCGCGUGUCCGGUCCGACUGACGUUCCGGCGGACACUGCAUCCGACUCCGUUCCCGACUUGACCAGCCUGCCCUUCUCCACCCGGCAAGAUCGCCAUACCUCUUCCUCCUCCCGCGCGACGGCGAAGGGCGGGGAUGAGAAUCUCAAACGGAGAAAGUCGGUCGACGAGAUGACUGCGUUGCUGGACCAGAUGAUUCAGGAUAAAGUCGAGAGUGGACUGGUGGUUAGAGGGGAGAGGGGGAGUCUGAGGGUCAAGGAGAGGGGUUUGGGACAGCGUGCUUCGAAGGAGAUCGGAGGAUGCCGUACGCUUCCUGUCAUCAAAGCAAUAAUUAAAGCUCUGGCUGGGGGUGACACCGACAUUUCUGAGCUCGAGGAGAUGGCGCCAGCUGCUGAAAGCCUGCCUGUGCAGGGUUCUCGACAACGGACACUGAUACCUCCGAGCAUCCGAGGACGACAGGAAGCGCACAGACUAUGUCCUGCAUACAGGGACAGCACUCUCCAUUGA